AUGCCUGGAAAGAAAGACAACAAAAAGGAUGCUAAGAAAGGAAAACCCGAACCAGAAAAAAAGAAGGAGGAGGAGAAAAAAGGAAAAGAUGACAAAAAGGGGGGAAAAGAUGACAAGAAGGGAAAAGACGACAAGAAAGAUGACAAAAAGGCAGGAAAGGAUGACAAGAAAGGAGGAAAGAAGGGAAAAGAGGAGCCUCCCCCUAAAGGCAAGGAUGACGGAAAGAAAGGAAAGGACAAAGGGAAAGGAAAGAAGGUGGAAUCUGAGGAGGAGUCUGAGGAGCUACUAAGUGAGGAGGAAGAAGAAAGUGAUGAAGAUGAGGACUCAGAGGACGACAAGCGCAGGAAAGGCAAAGGGGGAAAGGGCGACAAAGGAAAGAAGGGCGGUAGGAGACGAGGGGAUGACUCUGAUGAGGAUGAAGAUGAAGAUGAGGACGACGAUGAAGAUGAAGAUGAGGACGACCACAAAUCCAAAAAGAAAGCCAAAGGUGGGAAAGAUGCAGAUGGAAAGAAGAAGAAAAAGAAGGAUAUUUCUGCUGCACCAAUAAAGGAAAUGCACAAGAAAGGCCUUAAAAACAUGUCCAGGAUGUUCAUGAAAUUUUCUGGUUUCAAAAGGCGGAGGACCAGCAGGAAGAAGUUAAAGAGUACGUCCCGCUUAUUCCUUGGGUUAGGGAAAAGAAAAAAUCGUAUUAAGUCAGCAAAGAAGAAACGUCGCAAGUCCAUGCUCAAACAUACCUCUCGAUUAAUGGGUCGAUUCAAAGCAAGCAAAAAGAAGAAAAAAGAGAAAGAGGACAAAGAGAAGGCUGCAGCCAAUGGUGGCAACAAACCAACAUAUAUGCUGCUACGUUUAGGCGGAAACUCGGAUCAGAAAAGCGGCUUUUUCAAAGGGAUGUUUGGGAAGAAAGAUGCCGCUGGUCUUAAGAACCGAAGCAAAUUGCUGGGCAGGGUUGCCGCAGCUACCAACUGGUUGACCAAUCGCUUUUUGUCUAGUAAAAUGAGGGGCCGCAAGGGGCAGCAAGGUCAUGGUGGCCAAAGAGGGCAAAGUCGCAGAGGGCACAUGCACGGAUAUCAAAACGAUGGUUAUGACUAUGGCGAUGAAGCUUAUGGUGAUCCACGAUAUGCAGGUCAUCCUAAUGGUUACGCUGCAUAUGAUGAUGGCUAUGGAGGUUACGGAGAGGAGGCGGCUGCAUACGGAGGCCAUGCAAGUCAUCAUGCUGAUCAAGGUCAUUAUCAGGAUCAAUAUGGUUACUACAAUGGCGGAGUAGACGGAGCUGACUAUCAGGACUUAGGUUAUUAUGAGGAUGAUGGGCAGUAUGAUCCUAACGCCGAAUAUUAUGAAGGAGGUGUUUAUGAGAAUGGAAUGGACAAUUAUUAUAACCCCUACGAUUCCACCGCGGAUUACUAUGAACAGGAAGCCAAUUAUUACGGAUAUCAGCAACAAGCGAUGGGUGCGUAUGGUGAUGAAGCUCUUGACUACUAUGCCAUGAUGGGAGAAAAUCCCAUGUACGCAAGCGGGCUUGAUGGCUACAUGGAUCCUAUGAUGCAAGUUUAUCCAGGUGAAAUGACACAAGUUGGUUAUGUGGGGGACGGCCAAGCUGGAUACUAUGAUACAGGGCAGCAAAUGAUGGCAGACCAGAUGAUGAUUAUGUCCCAGGAUCAGGGUUACGGACCACCUUCAAUACCCACUCCUUCUGCGAUGCUCAUCAAGCAGGCAGGCAUGACUCCUCUACCUGCACGCAGAAUGCAGGCCUCCCCCACACCAUCUCGGCGCUCUGUGAUGAUGCCCUCUCCUCAGAUGCAACGACAUCCCAUGGCCAUGCCUGGGUCCCCCAUGAUGACUCCCGAGACAGAUGUCUUCUCCACACCCUUCAAUGAGAGGUGGCUUCAUGGGUGCUCAAAGGCCACCCUCAGUGAUGUCGAGACAUGUGUCGCCACCUCCUUCACCACGAUCUUCUCCCCUUGCCCGUCGACGAAUGUCCCCUCAGAGAUCACCUCCUCCCAUGGCACGGCCCCCAUCCCCCCCACGCUCUCCACGGACCUCAAUGCUUCGUCGCAGUCCUCCUGGUUCACCAAGGGCUUCUAUGCGCCGCCGGUCCCCGCCUGGUUCACCCCGUGCUUCCAUGAGGCGACAAAGUCCUCCUCCUGCACCCAGUUCUGCUCGUAG